UCGGGGCUGCAGCAGCGCUCACUCUGCGCGGGGCUCGUCGGCGCCUGCGAUAUCUCUCAUUCGGCAAAACGGCGAGACGCCUCCACACCUCCUCCGCCUGUAAUAAUACAUAGACGCGAUAACUUUCAGUGAUUUUUUUGGAACCAUCGUCUUCAGCCCAUCGCACUUUCUUUUUCUUCUUCUUCUUUUUUUGUGUGUGCUACUCGACAGUUGACUCGAGAUUCCUGCGAAGCAAUUGGGCUUCAACUCCCGACCCGAGGAGGCGGAGUCUUAACUUAUUAAAAGGAACUUGCCGAGGCUCGGACGCCCGCAAAUAUGAUGAUGAUGUCUCUGAACAGCAAGCAGCAUUUUGCCAUGGCCCACAGCAGCUUGCCCGAGCCCAAGUACUCGUUGCAUUCCUCCUCGUCCUCCACGCUGACUUCCAAUGUGCCCUCGUCCUCCUGCUCGUCCUCCCGACACAGCAGCACCAUCAUCAGCAGCAGCGGCAGCAGCAGCUCGGAGGCGAUGCGCAGAGCCUGUCUCCCAACCCCACCGAGCAAUAUAUUCGGGGGCUUGGAUGAGAGUUUGUUGGCCCGGGCUGAAGCUCUAGCGGCGGUGGAUAUAGUCUCGCAGACCAAGAGCCACCACCACCCACCACAUCACAGCCCCUUCAAGCCGGACGCGACCUACCACACCAUGAACACUCUCCCCUGCACCUCGUCUUCCUCCUCCUCCUCCUCGGUGCCUAUCUCUCAUCCGUCCGCCCUGGCUGGCCACCACCAUCACCACCACCAUCACCACCACCACCAGCCUCACCAGGCACUGGAGGGGGACCUGCUGGACCACAUCACCCCGGGACUGGCACUAGGAGCCAUGGCAGGGCCGGAUGGCUCGGUGGUUUCCACGCCUGCGCACCCUGCCCACAUGGCGGGCAUGAACCACAUGCACCAGGCAGCCAUCAACAUGGCUCAUGCCCACGGGCUACCACCGCACAUGGGCAUGAGCGACGUGGACGCCGAUCCCAGGGACUUGGAAGCCUUCGCGGAGAGGUUUAAGCAGAGACGGAUCAAACUCGGGGUUACCCAGGCGGAUGUAGGGUCAGCGUUAGCCAGCCUGAAGAUUCCUGGGGUGGGCUCCCUCAGCCAGAGCACCAUCUGCCGAUUCGAGUCCCUCACGCUCUCCCACAACAACAUGAUCGCGUUGAAGCCCAUCCUGCAAGCGUGGCUCGAAGAAGCCGAGAAAUCGCACAGGGAGAAACUUAAUAAGCCCGAGUUGUUCAACGGCGCGGAGAAAAAAAGGAAGCGCACGUCGAUAGCGGCGCCGGAGAAGAGAUCACUGGAGGCCUAUUUUGCCAUUCAGCCGCGUCCCUCCUCGGAGAAAAUCGCAGCGAUCGCAGAGAAGCUGGACCUGAAAAAGAACGUGGUGCGGGUCUGGUUUUGCAACCAGCGGCAGAAACAGAAACGAAUGAAAUACUCUGCAUGCGUCUGAAAAACAACACCCAACUAACAAAACAGAAAGAAAAACAGAAACAGAAAAAAAAACUACAAAAAAAAACAAAAAAACAAUCGCUUUGAAC